AUGGCCACCAUCACCCUCAUCCCACUCCUCGGUACCCUCCUCCUCAUCUACAGCCUCCACAAGCUCUGGACCUUCUUCUACAACGCCUUCCUCCACCCCGUAGCCAAAUUCCCCGGUCCACCGUACGUCUGGACGGAUUGGUACCAAUGCUACAACGACGUAUACCUCUCCAGGAACUGGACAGAUGUCCUGAAGGAGUUGCACGAGAAGUAUGGAGAUGUGGUGAGGGUUGGUGCGAAUGAGCUCCACUUCUCCCGCCCCUCAGUCUACAACGAGAUCUACUCCCCCUCCCGCCGCUGGGACAAAGACGCCACGCUCUACCGCGUCUUCAACCAAGACGAGUCCUCGUUCGGAUUCCCCACCUACCGCGAAGCCAAAGCCCGCAAGGACAUCCUCGCGCCGCUCUUCUCCCACCGCGCGACCUGCGAGAUGCAGGGCGUCGUGAAGAACCACCUCGACCGGUUGUGUACGGCGCUGAGAAAGAGGCACGCCGCGGGCCAGUCCUCGGAUAUGUUGUUUGCGUUGCGGAGUUUCAGUCUGGAUUGCAUCACGACGUACUGCUUCGCGCAGGACGUGCAUGCGUCGGAGGCGGAGGAGUUCCGGCAUCCCAUCGUGGAGGCGAUGGAUGCUGCGGUGCCCGCGGUGAGGGUGUUGCAGUAUUUCGAGCCCUUGAGAAAGGUGGUCUUCGGCAUGCCGCCGUGGUUGGGGAAGUUGACGGAUCCGAAUACGGGGGCCCGGGUCGCGUUGCAGGAGAUGUUGCUCAAGCAGGUGAAGGAGUAUGUCCAGAAUCCGAAGUCGAUGCACGAGACGAGCACGCCGACGAUCUAUCACCGGCUGCUGGAUCCCGAGUUGAACAGAGAGACCGGGGGCGUUCCCUCGCUGAAAAGUCUCCGCGACGAGGCUCUAUCCCUCUUCUUCGGCGGCGCCGAGUCCUCUGGAAACGUGAGCAUGCUAGGCACAUGGCACAUCCUCCAAACGCCCGCCAUCGAAACGCGCCUCCGAGAAGAGCUACGCCAAGCAUGGUCCGACCUCGCCACCAUGCCCCAACUCGAAGACCUCGAAAAACUCCCCUACCUCACAGCCAUCAUCAAAGAAUCCCUCCGCAUCUCCCCCAGCGUCCCCGUGCCCCUCCCGCGAGUCGUCCCACCCCAGGGCACGACGCUCAGCGGCCAGCAAAUCCCCGGCGGCACCGUCGUGGGCAUGUCUCUGCGCUUCGUGCACGAGUCCGAGGAGAUCUUCCACGACGCGAAGACGUUCGAUCCCGAGCGCUGGUUGCAGCCCGAUGCUGCUGCUGCGUCUCUGGAGAAGUGGCUCGUGGCGUUCAGCAAGGGUCCGAGGAAUUGUAUCGGGCAGAAUCUGGCUAUGUGUGAGUUGUACAUGGCGUUUGCGGCGUUGUUUCGAAGGUUUGAGGUCGUGUUGGAUGGGACGAGGGCGGAGGAUUUGAGCUGGACGGAGGGGUUUUUGCCGUUUUUUAAUCCGAGGCAUAUGAGGGCGUUUUGUAGGCCGGUGGAGGCUUGA